AAUCAAACACGUGCCUCGAAAUUUUGUAAACAUAACCUCAUAGCGAAUAACCUAACAUUUUUUUCAUGAAAUAAACUUAAUUAAAAUAAAAAUGACCAAAACCGCAAGAUAUUUUACUGCACCAUCGGAGGAGCAAAAACCCAAUGCAGAGGAGAAAACCUCACAAAAAAGGAAAGGCAAUGUGGGACGGCUGAAAAAUAAGAAACCAGCGUUUCCAAAAGGAAAACCGAAGAAGACGGAUAUCAUUUUAAAACGAAAACCAAACCCAAACCCAAAAUUCCCAGGUCGAGCGCCAAUCCCAGAGGAAUUGCUCGAAAAGCACAGUCGAGGAGAAGGUAUACAGAAAGAUGGAAUACGAACGAAAAUACACAAGAAAAGACAAUUUGACAAGGACUUAUCGUACGAAUUCGCACAGAAGCAAGCGGCUCGUGUGGAAAUAUUACUGACGGAGGAGGACGGUAUUUUAGAAGCAGAUCCCGGAGAGACCACGACACAGUUUAGGCAAAAUGAAAUUGUCCAAAAUGUGGAUAUAACCGCGGCGACGAAGUUUUUUGAGUUACAACUGCGUGAUUUUGGGCCUUACCGUGCGAGUUACACUCGAAAUGGGCGACAUUUGGCUUUAGGUGGACGAUUGGGACACGUCGCGGCAUUUGAUUGGGUUACGAAGAAGUUACAUUUUGAGAUAAACGUGAUGGAGUCCGUGCACGAUGUGUGUUGGUUGCAUAUCGAAACGAUGUUGGCCGUAGCGCAAAAGGAUUGGGUGUACAUUUACGACAAUCAAGGAAUCGAGCUGCAUUGUUUAAAGAGCUUAGAUAAGGUUACGCAAAUGCAGUUCUUACCUUAUCAUUUCCUUUUGGCUACUGCUAAUGAUACUGGCUUUUUGAGUUGGUUGGAUGUGUCGAUUGGAGAGAUUGUGGUUCAAUACAACGCCAAGCUCGGAAGAAUAAACAUGAUGACGCAGAAUCCGUACAAUGCAGCAAUAUGUGUGGGAAGUUCUAAAGGAGUUGUCAGCAUGUGGGCACCAAACAGCAGAGAUCCGUUAGCAAAAAUGCUUUGUCAUAAAAGUGCCAUUUCUGCUUUACACAUAGACCCCAAAGGACUGUAUAUGGCCACGGCUGGAAAUGAUCGCACACUAAAAAUUUGGGACAUAAGAAGUUUGACGGGGCCUCUACAAAUUUACAACUUGAAAUCCACAGCGAACAAUGUUGCUUUCUCACAAAAGCAAAUGCUCGCCGUUGGUAUGGGAAACAUACUUGAAGUUUAUCGCGAUUGCUGUGUUACAACCGCAAAAAAGGGUUACUUAAGACAUAGGUUUAAUAAUUCAAUUGCAAACCUGAAUUUCUGUCCUUACGAGGAUGUGCUGGGUGUCGGUUCAAGUCACGGAUUUACAAGCAUACUGGUACCGGGAGCAGGCGAAGCGAACUUUGACGCUUUCGAAGCGAAUCCAUACCAAACAAAAUCCCAACGAAAAGAAUCCGAAGUCAAGGCUUUAUUGGAAAAGAUUCCAUCCGACUUGAUAUCUUUAGAUCCUACGAAAAUAUCCGAAGUGGAUGUUCCGAGCUUACGUGAGAAAGUCGAAGCUACUAAAAAGCUAUUGUUUGUGAAACCGCCAAAGAUAAAUUACGAUCCACGGAGAAAAGCGAAAGGAAAAGGCGGAUCGGUCAAGAUAGCAAGAAACAAGAAGAUAUUACAGGAGCAGGCGAAAAAGGAAUUUGUAAAAGCUGCCAAAAGUUUUAAAGCCGAAUUGCUCAACGAAAGCAAAAACGAGCAAAAGGAAAAAUCGAAGCCAGCAAAUGUUCUUGAUCGAUUUUUACCUAAGCAAAAAAAAUAAACGAAUGAACUGUUAAUGUAUUUUGAACUUAUUUUAAAGUAAGGCACCAGUAUUUAAAUAAAUCAUAUAUCAAAAUUCAAAAAA